GGGAAAAUAUUGCUAGGCUCCAGAAAUGUUUGAGAGGAAAAGCUAAGUUAAGUGUUCAAGCAUUAUUGAAUUUCACCUGUGAAGUGCAUAAAAUCAUAGAAACACUCGAAAAGAGAUUUUUCUAAUUGGUUCGAUGAGAUAGCAAAUGCAGCAUGUUGUGUUCUAACUUAUCCGGAAACUGAAAAUGAAAAGAAGAAGAAAUACGUAUGUGCCGCCAGUGAGGAGAACUCUACCCGCAAAUUCAAUUGCCUGUUCUGCAAAAUGAACAAUCAUUCGACAUAUACUUGCAGUAACUUCAAGCAGUUGGAUUCAGACAGAAGAUGGGAAUGGAAAGAAAAAAGUGUGCAACAAAGAUGGUUGUGAUGAAUUCCAUCACAGCUUACUCCAUCCAAAUUCUCCGAGAGAAUAUAUUGCCACAGCACCAAUUUCUGAGACUGAAAAUCCUUGGAGUGAAGAUGGAAGAGAAAAUAUCAGUAGAAGAAGCUAGAGCAAUGAAAAUAAUGGAAGAAACAGCUAAGAGAGUCGGAAACAGAUGGGAGAUAGGCCUUCUAUGGAAAGAAGAUGAUGUUAAAAUGCCUCAGUCGAGGUCAGCAGCAGAAAAUCGUCUCAAAAUGAUGGAAAAGAAAUUAGCCCGGAAUCCAGUAUUUUCCAAGGAAUAUUUAAACAAAUUGGAUGAAUAUGAAGGCAAUGGGUUUGCAAGAAAGGUCAUAGAUAUGGCAAUACAGGAUGAAAAAUCAUGGUAUCUACCUCAUUUUGGAGUUGUGAAUCCCAAAAAGCCUGGAAAGGUAAGAUUAGUUUUUGAUGCUGCCUCUAAGGUAAAUGGUAUCAGUUUAAACGAAAAAUUAUUAAAAGGUCCUGAUUUUUUAAAUUCCUUACUGGGUGUACUCUUCAAGUUUAGACAAAAGAAAAUUGCAUUCACAGGAGACAUCAAAGACAUGUUCCACAGAGUAUACAUCAGAGAAGAAGAUAGAAAAUUUCAAAGACAAACGACGGAAUAUGAAAUGACAGUGAUGAUUUUCGGAGCAGCUUCUUCUCCAGCUUCUGCGCAGUUCAUAAUGAGAAAAAACGCGAAAGAGUUUGAAGACGAAUUUCCUGAAGCAGCAAGGGUAAUUUUAGAACAGCAUUAUAUGGAUGAUUAUUUAGAUAGUGUUGAUUCUGUAGAAGAGGCAUUAGAUUUAAUAACCGGUGUCGAAGAGGUUCAUAAGAGAGGUGGUUUCCAAAUAAGAAAUUGGACAAGUAACUCCAAAGAAGUUUUAAAGCUGAUUCCGACAGAAAAAAGAACAAGGGAAUUGAAAGAUGUAGAAAUAGAGAAAGAGCUUCCAACAGAACGUGUUCUAGGACUUCACUGGAAUCCGAAUGAAGAUUGUUUUUUGUUCAAAGUCGAACCCAAGGAAAUUAUGGAAAUUUUAGAAAAGAAAGCAACAACUACCAAAAGAAAAAUGUUGAAAAUUGUAAUGUCAGUUUUUGACCCUCUUGGGUUUCUAUGUCACUUCACUGUCAAAGCAAGAAUUUUGUUACAAGAAAUUUGGAAAAUGGGUUCUGGAUGGGACGACAAAUUAGAACAUUCGGUAAAUGAAAAAUGGCUCAAAUGGUUGCAAGAUUUAAGAAAAAUUGAAGGUAUGAAAAUUCCUAGAUGCUAUUUGGAUGAUAAUACGGAACGUAAAAUACAAUUGCAUACGUUUUGUGAUUCCAGUUCGGAAGCCUACGCCGCAGUUUCGUAUUUUCGAAUUUUAUCAUAUCAAAAAAUUUAUUCCAAUAUCGUUAUGGCAAAAUCAAGAGUAAGUCCUCUGAAAACCUCAUCUAUCCCUAGAUUAGAACUUCAAGGAGCAGUACUGGGAGCUCGUUUGGCUAGAACAAUAAGAGAAAAUCACAGUAUUCCUAUAAGUCGUCAGUAUUUUUGGACGGAUUCCCGGACAGUAAUCAGUUGGUUGAAAUCAGAUCCUCGCAAACUUAAGCCAUUUGUGAGUCAUAGAGUUAAUGAAAUAUUGGAUAUAUCUGAAGAGAAUGAAUGGAAUUGGAUUUCAACAAAGGAUAAUGUAGCAGAUGAAGCAACUAGGGAUAAUAUAAAUUGUGAAUGGUCAGAAUUAAGUAGGUGGAACAUUGGUCCAUCCUUUCUUAGAUGCAAUGAAGACACGUGGUUCAGAGAAAACGGAAUAGAGAUAGACAAAGGAGAAAAUGAAGAAAUGGAAGAAUUUUUCAGGGAAAUGAAAAAAGAAUACGUUGCUCUGACAACGGAAGGAGACAAUUUGAUUGAGUCUAUUCCGAAAAUUGAAAGGUUUUCAUCUUAUCUUCGACUCAUAAGGUCAACUGCCUGGUUGUUGAGAGCUAUUCAAGUUUUCAAAGGUACCAUAAAAUCGUUCUCUGAGUUAUUACCAGAUGAAGUAGACAGAGCUGAAAAAUUAUGGUUUAAACUUGUACAGGAAGCAUGUUUCAGGGAAGAAAUUCGAAGUUUAAAGAAUAAGAAGCCUGUCGAUAAAACGAGUAGACUUUAUAAAUUAUCGCCAAUGUUGGAUAGUGAAGGAAUUGUAAGGAUCAACGGAAGAAUAGGAGAAUCAGAAGAUAUCUGUUAUGAAACAAAAUUCCCAAUCAUUCUUGAUAGAAAGCAUUAUUUUACACGACUUUUGAUCCUUCAUUAUCAUAAGAGAGCCAGUCAUCAGGGACAAGAGUUGGUUUUGAAUGAGUUACGACAGAAGUUUUGGAUUUUACAAGCUCGAGCUGCUGUCAGAAGUGCAUGGAACUCUUGCUAUAGGUGCAGGAAUUUCAGAGCGAAACCCAUAGUCCCAGAAAUGUCUCCACUCCCAAAAUGCAGGGUAAGUGCCUUUGUAAGACCUUUUACUUUUACAGGUAUGGACUACUUUGGUCCAAUGAAUGUCACCAUUGGCCGUCGACAUGAAAAACGUUAUGGGGUUUUAUUUACCUGUAUGAGUAUUCGAGCCAUCCACUUGGAGAUUGCAAAUUCUCUAACUACCGACUCCACCAUUAUGGCCAUCAGAAGAAUGAUCGGACGAAGAGGUUGUCCUAAGAAAAUAUUUGGUGAUAAUGGUACGAAUCUGAAGGGAGCUGAGAGAGAAAUGAAGAAGGCGUUGCAGGAAAUGAACGAAAAUCAGAUUUUAGCCGAAAUGACCACUAGAGGAAUCGAGUGGGUAAGGAUACCACCGCUUACACCACACAUGGGAGGUUGCUGGGAGAGGAUGGUGAGAUCCGUAAAAACGGCCCUAUCAGUCACUCUCAAAGAAAGAUCGCCAAAAGAAGAAGUUUUGUCUACACUUCUCAUCGAAGCUGAAAAUAUAGUAAAUAGUAGACCCUUAGUCCACGUUCCAAUAGAUGCCGCAGAUGGAGAAGCUUUGACGCCGAACCAUUUUCUUAUAGGGACUUCAAGUGCUUCUCCACUUCCUUGCCUCUUGUCGGAAAGAGAUCUAGUUACGAGAAAGCAGUGGAAGAUAUCCCAAUAUUUUUCAGACUGUUUCUGGAAACGUUGGAUCAGGGAAUAUCUUCCAACUCUCACAAGAAGGACGAAAUGGCACAAGAAGACGAAAAAUUUAGUCGUAGGAGACGUAGUAAUGAUAAUCGAUGGUGACUUGCCCAGGAACUGCUGGAUGAAAGGGGUGAUCGAAGCUGUUUUUGUUGGAAAAGAUGGACAAGUCAGAAGCGCCGACGUCAAAACUACACUGGGAACAUACAGAAGACCAGCUGUUAAAUUAUGUCCCCUAGAUAUUCAAUGA